CCCCCGCCCAAGUGGUUGGAUCACACCAACCACUUUCUCUGUGGGAACUGGCUUCCUCCCAGGGGGCGUGGCUGGGAGGAGUGUGAAUAGUGCAACACAGGUGUGCGCCUUGUGAAAACCCCGUCUGCCUGGGCUCCUAUAAAAAGGGCCUCCCUGUCCUGCAUGGCUGAUGAGACAGCCGCAAGCCUGCAAGCUCACUCUGGGGUCUGGAAUCGCACUCAGAACAAGGUUCCCACCCAACUGAAGACAUGAGGAUGCACAGCCUCACCCUGCUCUCCUUUCUCCUUCUGGCUGCUCAGGUGUUCUUGGUGGAUGGCAAACAGGAAGUAAAGAAUAGACACAUUAGCAAAGCCACCACUCUGGGCAAGCCCCAGACUGAGCAGAGAAGCCAGCCACCCAAGUACCUGACCAAGGGCAAGUUUGUCACCUGAGACCAGGCUGACUGCAGGUGGCUGGUGACUGAGAAGGAGAAGGGCAUCGUCCUGAAGGUUAACUGUGCCGAUGAUGAGAAGUUUUCCUGUUUCUUUACUGGUGAUCCAACCUCGUGCCUGGAGUGGAACAAGAAGAGCUACUGGAAACACAUUGGCCGGAGCCUGCGCUCUCGGAAAGUCAACUGUGGGGACUCCAGGAGCAUCCUGAAGACCAGGAUGUGCUGAAAGAAAUUUCCAGAAUCCAGUCUCAGGCUGGUGAACUCUACUUUAAUUAGGAAGAAAUCCAGCCAGGGGUCCAUGGAGCCAUCUCCCAGCGAACAGAGCACAGUCAACGAGGCCUCUCCUAUGGAGCCUGACAAGGUCAAAGAGAACCCCCUCUCUGGCCCUGCAGAGCCCAAGACCUUGGGCUCCAGUGACCCCGAGUGUCUGGAGGACGUGGACUUGAAACUGGGGAAGACAGCUGUGGAGUACUGUGGGGAGGCCUGGGGCUCUCUCUGCAAACUCUUCCUCGUCGUGGUGCAGGGUAAUCCAUGCUAAUGAGGCCGAAAGAGGACAGAGUCCAUUAGGUGUCCUGUCCAGCCCUUCAGGACACUGUACGGCUCCAAGUUCUCUGUACGAUGAACGUUGGUGCGACAAGCAUGCGGGGGGUUAUUUAGGCAGAUCUUGUCAUUUCCGUUUUGUGUUUUGGAGUUUGAUUUAUACUCACUUCCUUAGGUGUGACUUUCGGCAGUUGUUUCCCUCUGUGCUUCCGCGGCCCACAGAGCGUCUGAGCAGGGGGAGCCGUCUUUGAGCUCGAAUGAGCCAGAGGGAUGAUUUCAGUGCAAUGCGCUUUCUGAUGAAUGAACAAAGUUAAUAAAGUUCUG